AUGUAUCAAUCUGCUUGCCUCUACGAAUCCAAGUCUGGUGUGUGGGGAAAUAUUAUCUCAACACCGACCACAGGAGGAUUGGGUUUUCCGAUAAGGCCCAGCGUCCUUGUCGGGAAUGCACUUUGCUGGUUGCUUUAUGGAGAAACUGAAGGUGACAUCCUUAAGUUUGAUUUUACAAUGCAGAAGCUUGUUGUGAUCGAGAAGCCACUAGAUUGCGAGAUUGCCUACCGUGGCCGUCCCCGCCUCCGAAUCGUGCGGACAGAGGAAAGUGGUCUUGGACUCAUCGGUUACACAGGACUGAGCCUGCAGUUAUGGGAGCGGAAGGUCAAUUAUGAUGAUGUUGCUACAUGGGUCCUUCAGAAAACCAUUGAUCUGCUCGAGAACCUUUUGCCCGUCGAGCUCAAAUGGAGUUGGAUACAUGGGUACGAUGAGGAUGACAAUGUGAUAUUUCUUUGCGCACUUAAUGGUUCUUUAAUGGUCCAACUUGACUCGAUACAGUUCGGUAACUGUUUUCGGACCAAUCUGGACGGCACCACACCUCCAGAAAGAAAAGAUAUCAACACCACCUACAUUCCCUACAAAAGUUUUUAUGCCGCAGGUAAUAGCCGGUUCUUACAUUGCGAAGAUAUCGGUUACGUCUUCACUCCCACGCUGGACCCGCCCGACCGCAUCCCCGCCGCGCGUUUCUCCCUGCCGCAGCGCUGCCGCGACGAGGGAGGGUUGGACUUCGUGGAAUGCCAUCACGGCCUCGCCCUUUUCCUCAACAAGAAACAACCCGAGGCCGUCGUGUGGAACCCCAUCUCCGGUCACCAGCACCGAGUAGCUUUUCCACCAGAGUUCGGCGACGCUAGAGAGAGGGAGAUCCUAUGCGCGGCGGUGCUCUGCGCUGCCGGUGAUGACGACCCUGGCCAUGUGCACGGUGAUUGUGGCUUGAGCUCUUUUAAAUUGGCUUUGGUGCGAGGUGGCCAAGACCACGCAAGUCUAUCUGUGUGCCUCUACAAAUCCAAGUCUGGCCUAUGGGGAAAUGUUAUCUCAACGACUAAAGACUGGUACACAUUGUUUUAUUGGAGAAAGUCCAGCGUCCUGAUUGGGAAUGCACUUUACUGGUGGUGUUGCCAGAUUGAAGGUUGCAUUCUUGAGUUUGAUUUUAAAAUGCAGAAGCUUGUUACAAUUGAGAAGCCAGUAGACGGCGGUUGUUCCAACUAUCAGAUCAUGCGGACAGAGGAAAGUAGUCUCGGACUCAUCAUUUUGACAGAACUGACCAUGCAGUUAUGGGAGCGGAAGGUCAGUUCUGAUGAUGUUGCUACAUGGGUCCUUCAGAAAACCAUUGAGUUGACAAAGCACCUUUGGCCAAGACAGUCCGUCCAGGUCUUCUGGACCAGGAUACAUGGGUACGAGGAGGAUCACAAUGUGAUAUUUCUGGGGACAUCUAGUGGCUCUUUCAUGAUUCAACUCGACUCAAUGCAGUUCAAUAACCGAUUCCAAUUCAAGUCCAUCUUCACCCAUUUUCCCUACACAAGCUUUUAUGCUGCUGACUGGGCUGGUGGUGGUAGAGAUGAUGGAACUGAAAUGUCAAGCAGUACAUCACCUAAUUGCCCUAUCAGAUAA